AUGAAAAUGUUACAGCAAAGUAUAAUCGUGUUGUUGGAAGUCGUUAAAGAAACGCCUACAAUAAAGAUACAAGCAGAUAAAUUUUUGAUUUACACAAGGAAUAUAACUUCAAUAACUUCAUGUUGUGAAUUUAAAACAAUGCUUGUAAGAUUAUUCAAGGUUACAACCGUUAAUGAAGUCUCUAAGUAUUUUCAAUUAAAAUUUACUACGCUUAGCAAGCUUAACAACACCCAAAGUAUUUAUGCUAGCUUAAAUGAACUGAUGCGUAACUCGGUAGUUGAAGUUUGUCUUGAUGGUUUAAAUUGGAAGCUCGUGAAAAUACUUACUUGA